CGUGAAGCCGCUCCUUAUAAAUGUGUCAAUUCAUUAGAGCUCUUCUGGAGGGUGGCCGAUGAAGAGAGGGGAUUGUUUCCUGAGUUGAGGAGGAGAAGGAAGAAUUAAACGCUUUGACAGGUGGGAGAUGAGUGUGGUCAGGACGCCUGGCACCGUGCGUAAAAUGGAUCCUGCGGCGACGCGCUGAGGGGCUGCUGGCACAGUUGUUGUGAGCGCUUCACCAGAAGAAGAAGAAGAAGAAGAAGACACCAAAUUGUCCUGUGGAUUUAUAUCUGAACAUAUCAAAAAUUUGAUAUCCAACUUCUUUUAAAGGGUCCACACCACCUGCUGUGGCCAAGUUUCCAACCUCCAGUCAAAGAUGACGGAGAGAACCCCAUGGUGGAAGGCAUUCCUGACAAAGAAGAAGCCAACUGGCUCCAAGGAUGCAAGUGCGCCCCACACCUUCGACCCAGACUUUGACCCCUUUGCACAACUUCCGGAGAAGCAGAAAGAUGGCUCCACAGGUGCCUCCAAGACCACCGGCGACCAGCUCCUGUCCCAGCAGGAGUCAGGCAAGAACUCCAGCCUCCACAGUGACGACACCUACGACGACUCCCACCUGGAAUCCGUCUUCAACGAGCAGACGUGUCGCAGGAACAUGAAGGUGUCCCGCUCGGGUCGAUUCAAGGAGAAGAGGAGGGUGCGCUCCAGCCUUCCCAUACAGGAGAAAGAGACACAAGAGCAUGCGGCGUCAGGGAGAGAGGAAAAACGGUGACGGGGAGGAAAAUGAGAGAGAGAGAGAGAGAGAGAGAGAGAGAGAGAGAGACUCCUUUGCAAAGAUGCGCGAGGAGAAGGAGAAGGAUCUGAGAACGUGAAGAUGCUCGAGGCAUUCCAAGAUGUCUGCUGUAUGUUGGUGAUGAUGGAGAAGAUGAGGGGCAUUCAGCUUUUAAACCAAUACUGCAGGAGUUAGGUUAUGUUGUUAGAGAAAUAAUGAAGAUUUGUUGAAGGACUUGUGCCCGAGGGACACAGAAACAAUAACACGUGACAUGAUUGUAUUUGUUAUGAUGGUCACUGAACCAUUUUGCCAACGAUAUCCCAUAAAUCCCCAAAAUGAAGAGGUACAGUAGUAAUGCAGUGAGCACUUAACGUCCCGCAGUGUCUCUGAUUCUAUCACGGACACUGUCCUCAUUACAGGGCAACUCAUAAAGCGACCUACAACAAGCACAAUCAUCAAACGUAAUUUACUUAUGAAGUGUGAUAUGCUCCGAGAAAAAUAUUGUUUUAUAAGAUGUUUACAUUAUUUGUGUGAUAAAAAUAAUAUAUGUUUGACAAUGAAGGAUAAGUAUAUAUGCUCCCUUUCUACCGUGCUUUUACCAAAACAUGAUGAUUCCAAAGGGUUUAGAAGGAUUUUUAUGAAGGUGUAACAGGUCUUUUUUUUUUAUAAUGUGUGAAAACAAAUCAGCUAAUGUAAGAAAUUGAGAAAUGCUUGUGAGCAAAAUGCAUCAAACUAUUUUUUAAAUGAAGGAUGAAAUCCAGCAUGUUUUUAUAACAUAAUGGGUUCUGAUCAAAGUUACUGACAUUGAAGUCAUGUUGUAUCCAGCUGAAGGAGAAAAUGCCACGUAGCUACUGAAGUAUGAUCCACAAACUGACGUAGUUUGCUUCACAGGACGACUGUAUUUUGGAUCGCCUGCGAAAUAAAUCGGGUCACAGCAACAA